AAGGCCUUAAAAAGGCCUGUGGAGCUUAAAAUCUUUGCACAUUGGUUAAAGCCUUAGGAAGCCAGCUGAGAGCUGACGAAGCCACUCAAAUGUCUGUUGAACCUGAGAAGAUUUGCUUUUAUUUCAGUUUUCUUGCAGCUUUUAAGUCGCGAAUUCAACCGUUAAUGCGUUUUUAAUCUUCUGUUGCAGAUUUCUGCCAUCUGUUAGUCGUGGAACUCAGCUCUUGGCUGAGAACGAUAGCAAGCACGUGUUGACAAUGAAUGCCUUUGUGAAUCUUAGUUUUACACGAGACAACGUCGUGAAGAAUCCUUUAAAGUCUUCUAGCUGUUGUGUCAUUAAGCAAUUUUUUCGAAGUAUAACCAAUUCAAAUCUUGCUUGUUGUCUUAUUUUCUUUAAAGACGAUGCUGGCACAAACAAAGUUCUAAAAUUCAUUGUUACACGAAAACGUUUACUUAAAAAGGUGUGUACUGCAUCAAACAAGCAUAUAUUUUAAGUGAUUGCGCAUUUGACAAGACAUAGAUUGAAGCUUUUUACUUAAUAGCAUAAUUUUAUAGGCAGUAGUCAUUUCAAAUUGGGAACAUCUUCAUUUCCUUUAUAAGUGGCUUUCCUGUAUCUUGGUCUCUUGUGAUAUUCUCGUUUCACUCUUACAUAACGUGCUUAAUUUUCCCGCCAUUUCUUGUGCGCAUGUGCAGAUGUCUUGCAACUUCUGUCGAGAGGUUUCUUUAGUUUAGUGGUCUUAAGUCAGUGAAACAAUAACAGCAAAGAUAAUUUCUACUCUCCUUGUAAAAACUUAAAGCAUCUAUCGAUUUCUUCGUUGUGUUAAAGCACUUUGAUUCCACGUUAUUUUUUGAUCAUUUGAUUCCACUGUUUUGGUGCGAUCAAACCAGCAUGGAGCCUCGUGUCGACAACAUGUACUCUGACACUGUCGUGGUCGGUUUUUUUUUUUAGCACUGUCUUAAUUCAUCUGAUAUUGGUUCGUUCAGUCGAGUGCUAUUUACUUUCCGUUUUGUUUCCUCGGCUCCUUCUUUCAGUUCAUACUUCAUAGGCGCAAGAGUGAAUUCCGAGGGAAUGAAUCGACAUGAUUGAAAGAUAGGGUGUCCAAAGUAACACAGAAAUAAUAAUUCUUUGUUACUGACUGCACGAAAAAUACCGCUUAAGUUUACGAAUGUUUUUGACUGCCUCUUUUUUGGACCAAGUAUAAUGUGAGUCAUUUGUCUCUUGACUCACCACUGUUUAAACAGACAAUUGCAGUUAUUCAAAUUCAAUGAACUCCCGCACUGCUUCUUGGUAACCUUUGAAAUUCCAUACCGUUCUCUCUGAUGUGAAUGCUUUUCAAACCCCAAAUCCAUGGUUAUGACAGAAAAUGCCUGUGAUGGCAUUUUGUUUUCACUUCAAUGAAGUUUCACGUUCGCGAAAUAAAACCGUGAUAACACACAAUGGAAUAACAUUUUAUUCAGCGGUGUGUGUGUCUUGUCUUCACAACUUCACGAAGCAUGCCUUCGAGUUGAGCGGUCUUUCAGCGUUAAUGUGUUCACGUUCUCCAUUAAUUUUAUUCACUUAUAUCUACGUAUUCAAACAAAAUUGCUCAUAAAUAUACUGCUUUCGUGACAUAGCAUAAAGCCCCAGAAGCUAUUUUGAAUUUGGACCAAACUUUUUCCGUGUUGUGGGUGGCUACUGUCAAUCUUAAUGAGAUAAUGGUCCAGACAAGAAUAAUAUUAGAUCAAACAAUCAUUUCCACAGUGCAGAAUAAAUUGCUUCUCAAGAGUUCAAAGUUCCGCAUACAUUGUGAAUGAAAACAAAUACAAGACCUAAACCUGACCCCUACUGUGGAAUAUUUCCGUUUCCGAUGAAGCGAUGAUAUGGACGUUUCAUAUUGUCGAAAACAUUUUUACGUGUUCCGUUUUCUAUUUAAGAUACUCGGUAUCUCACCGAAUUGCGUAUGUUGUUGUGAUUAUGCAUUUUUUUAAACACCUAUUGAUUUCGCUGCUACUAAGGUUACAUUUUUACGCGAAAAGAAUAUACUGGAGACUUCGGGCGAUUAUUUCGACGACGAAGUGUAAACACACUUACACAGUUUAACUCUGUACCUGCGUUGGCCGGUCACGAGGAACUCAGUGGAAUGCGGAAUUUCUGAGAACAAUAACUCAUUCGGCAUGACUAUACACAAAGAUUUACAAGUACAUUAUCCAUUUUAUGCCUAGUAAGACUGAUACAAGAAAGUGGUUCUGAGAACCUCGACUACUCACGUGCACAAGUCUACCUCUGAAAACGAACAAGCAGAACAAGGAAAUAGAAACCCUCUGCAUGUAAAGAGAAGCUCAUAUUGGGUAUUAAAACACUGCAUAUGGAAAACAAGAUCAUUGCAAGACACGAAAAUGCAAAAGAAACCAGCGGAGGAAAUCGAUACCAUAUAUUCGAAGAGAAAACACUUAUGUCUUACUUGUACGGCAACCGUGAAGUAAGAGCUAUAGACGUGAAAAAACGUAAAAGAAAAGCUGAAGGAAAACAAGAGACUGCAUCAUCGAAGAAACAGAAGCUUGCUGCUGACCACGAGGAGCCUCGGCUCACCAACGCCAUACGGUCUUUCCCGGAUGAGGUGCAGCUCUGUGCAUCGAGUAUUCCUGGGGCGAGUUACGGUGUUUGCGCUAAAGAGCACAUACCACUUGGGACAUGGAUAGGACCUUAUGAAGGCAGGCGUCUGUCUCCACGGAACCUCUCACCAGACAUAGAUACGGAAUACCUCUGGGAGAUCUACAAAGAUGGUAAACUGAGUCAUUAUGUUGAUGGAAGCGAUGAAGAAAACUCCAGUUGGAUGAGAUUUAUCCGCUGUGCUCGUCACAUAAAGGAACAGAAUUUGUACGCUUUCCAAUAUUGUGGAAAUAUUUUUUAUCGUGCGUUUAAGGAGGUUCCUCCAGGGAGAGAAUUACUGGUUUGGUACGAUGACAAAUACCCGCAAUUCCUAGGGAUUCCUCUGGGCAUGCAAGACUAUGACUCUGCAACAUCUUCCAAUGCCCGAGCCUCUCCAAUGAGCAAUUCAAACAGCACCCUUCUCAACUCAAAUGCUAAAAAUUUCGGCCUUCAAGAGUCACGUGAUAAUCACGUGGGAAACUUCAGAGUCCCUGCAACACGUGCUGUGCAACCGCGGUUUGCUCGCGCGACAAGUACUACGGGUAACGCGCUUCAACAAGACCAUCUUGGUACCUCUGGUAUUAGGGGUGGUCCCAGCUUUACAGCAGGAUCUGGUGAAGUCAAAAGAAGUGAGACAAAAUUAACUCCAGUGCAAAGUGAAAGACAAUUUGCAAUGAACUUUCCUCAGACAGUUGUGUCAAAUGACAAUCACUUUUGCCCGCCGCAAGCAAGAAUUAGAGACUCGCAAAGAACUUCCGAACAACAAUUAAAAAAUGAAAAUUCAAGACACAAAGUAACACGAACACAAGGGUCGGACAAACAGUUUAAACAACACAGAGAGAAGAAUUGUGUGUCUACAAACGAAAGAGGAAUUCCUCCUCAAAGACACGCUCCAUAUGAAAUGCCGCCAUCACAGUUAUUUGAUAAUGAUCAGCAAAUUUCUUCCCGUACAAGUGAAGGCCAAGUACUCAUGCGCAGUGAGACCGGAAGCACCGCGAAAAGUGUAAUGCCAGCCCUUCGUCCUUACAUGCCUCCUCUACUAAAUGAACAGUUCUACCAAGACCCAAUGAAAACUCAAACAUCAGGGAUCUCUCCGGAUGAAUUCGGCAUGUGGAGGUGCCGGCAGUGCUUAAAGACAUUUACUCAGCGGGUGCUGCUUCAAAUGCAUGAGUGCCCCCAGACUCCUGACAAGCCAUAUCAGUGCGGUCAGUGCACGCUGUCAUUCGCAACUCCAUCGGACUUGAGAAGUCACGUGGACACGCACACUAAUGAAAAGCUGUUUAAAUGCGGGUUCUGUUCGCGCGCGUUUUCAGGAGCGACAACUUUAAAUAACCACAUACGCACACAUACGGGUGAAAGGCCAUUUAACUGUGAGAAAUGUCACAAGACGUUUUCACAAGCCAGUCAUUUAGCAAGACACCAGCGAACCCCUGGGGACUGCGUUCCAAUGAAGGAUGUAUAGGCCUAUCUAGGUGCAUUCUCUUCCCCAGAGCCUCUCCUACCUCUGAGUCCACGGGUAUUGACACGAGCAAAAUGUGGCUCCAGAGACAUGAUUUAAUUGUGUAGAUUCUUGGAAUACGACUUUCACCAAAUUCAAAGCUAGUUUUCUUCCAGAAAAUAUCGAUGGCUGAUCUCUGACUAAAACCAUUCGAUCACAGCACCUACGGACCUUCACGAAUUUCAAAACUGGCAUACGGGGAGAAUUUUCAAAGAGGUCCUACAUGACACAACAUACAAACACCACUUCCAGCCAGAAGUUUACUGCUGCUUUUCAAGACCUGUAUGUGCUGCAAUAGAACAGCAGUUGGUUAGAGAUCAACCAGUGGAUACGUUCUGGAAAGAAAAGAGCGCUGAGUCAGUGAAAAUCUAGCCAAUCAAAUCACGUGUCUCCAGAGUCACUUUUCCUCGUGCCAAGGUCCAGCUGGCUAAGAAGGACAGAAGGCUCUGGGGACAAAAAUGAUGAAGAUAUAAUUAAUAUUACUGCUAUUUCCUUCGACACUAACUAGACCACUAACUAUCGAUUUUGUGCUUGUAUCAAACACAUUAUUAGAUCGAUUUCUCUUUCAGUUGCAAUCCACGCGUAUUUUUGAGUUUGCGAGCGCUAUAUUCGCCGUGUUGGAUUCACUGAGAAAACAUGCAGAGGAGGCUUGGCGUAAGCGGAAGAGAGCGAGUUCCUUGAUUUUUCUGUUGCGUCACUAGGCGAAAUAAACGACGUGAUACAUUUCUACUGAGCAGCAAAUGUCGGAAUAUUAAAUCACAACGCAGAAAACUUUAUAACCUGGUGCACCCUUUGUUAAGAGAUAAAGUGCUAACAUAUUUACCUAUUGAUCCUAGCACUGAAUAAAGUACCACUGGAUCUCUCUUUUUCUUAGAAAAUAUUAACCGCCAACCUCUAUAUUGUCCUCGAAAUUUCUUAUCAGAUUCCGAGCUUCUAUCGGUCGAUGGAAAACCCUCCAAAAGAAUACUUAGAUGUAAAGUUAGUUUAAUUUGCACUCAAGAAAUGAUACGUUCUAGACAGCAUAAAAAAUAAAAGAACCUGUAAAAUACUGAGCUUCAGUUCAUCUUCA